AUGAUAAAAUUAAAAAAUAAAAUUUUUAUUUUUUUUUUUAUCAUUUUUUUUAAAAAUUUCAUAAAUUGUUUUGAAUAUAAUUUCAAUAGUAAAAUAAAAUUAUACAUCGAUUUUAGUUCAAAGAUAGAAUAUGAAAAUGGGGAAUGUGGCGGGUCUGUUGAUAUCAAUAAUGCCAAUACUACCUACCCACCAUGCAAAUCAUUCGAAGAUGCAGGCAUAAGAUCAAGGCAAGCAUUUCAAGUAAACUCAGAGCUUAUUGUAGAUUCAUUAGAAAUAAUAAUUCAAAAUAUAGAUAAAGAAUCUCCACCAUCAAUUCAGAUUACAAAAACAUUUGGUGAUUUUUCAAGAUAUUGCACCUUUCAAAUACUGUUUGAAGAUACUUCUAUUCACGAUUCAAAUAUAUUUAUUACAAUCGAUGGGUCUUUAAUAUCAGAUAAAACUAGGUUUUUUAGGUACUUUUCAUUCCAAGAUAACUAUAAUUAUACUAUUGGUUUUAUCUAUACAACAAACUCGCAGAUUGAAAUCAGUGGCACCGUUUUUGAAGAUAUUAGCACUAAAAACUCAAAGUUCCCCCUUUAUUUCCUGUUCUCUUCGAGUCUUUUAAUAACGGAUACAACCUUUAGAAACAAUCAAUUUCAAUCGUUGGCUUACUCCAACACCUACUCUUUUCAAUUAAAGAAAGUUAGUUUUUUAAACAACUCCUUUUCAGAUUCGAUUCUCUUCCUCCCACCAAAAACAUCGCAGUCUAUUAUACCCAGUUUAAUCAGUGGCUGUACUUUUAAUGCAAAUUCUUUUAUCAACAACAAUGAAACUAAUUUAAAAAACCUUUUUUUAUAUGUCAGCGAAAAAUAUGACCCAUUUUUUAAUGUAAUAUUCGAAAACCUUUCAUUUUCAAACAACACCAUAAAAUACUUUGGCUUUUUCCAAUCAUACUCUACUUUUAAUAUGUAUAAACUAAAAAAUACUACAAUUCCCAUAGGUUUUUCAAGAGGUUUUUAUCUAACCACCAGCACAUUUGAAAUACUAGAUGAAAGUAAAAUAGAACCACCAAUUAAAAUACAAGGUUCUUCAAUUCAAAUUAAAAGUAACAAUGCUCUUACCCAAGAGGAGAUUGAUUUAUAUACAAAAGAUUGUAAUGCAUGUAGUUUCUCUUUAAUAACUCAAAACAGCAACAGCAGCAGUAGCAGUAGCAGUAGCAAUAUCAAUAGUGACAAUAGCACAAGUAGUAAUAAUAGCAAAAGUAGUGAAAGUAACAGCGAUAGUAACAAUUUAAUAGAUGAUAAUAUAAAAAAAAAAAACCAUUCAAAAAAAAACAUCACUGUAAUAAUAAUUCCAAUCGCAACUGUAAUUUUAGUUUCAAUAAUCAUUGGUGCAAUUUAUAUAGGAAAAAGAAAAGUAUAUAAAAAAAAUAAAAACCUAAUAACAACAACAAAUAUCGAUAAUAAAUCCUCAAUAGAAUCUUUGGAAUCUAAUGAAAGUACCACUGAUAUAAAUACCAGCAAACCCACACUCAAUACAAUUACUUCAGUUUCUAUAUUUGAUAAAUAUAACGAUCACCCCGAACUGGAUUUACAUUUUUAA